GGCUCCCCCUGCCCCCCCCAUGGCGCUGCCCCCCUGGAAGCUGCAGCUGCUGCAGCGCCGGAACCGGGACCAGAACCGGGACCAGAACCGGGACCAGAGCCGGGACCAGAACCGGGACCAGAACCAGGAUCAGAACCGGGACCAGAACCGGGACCAGAACCGGGACCAGAACCAGGAUCACUGUGAUCAACACCAGAAUCAGUACCGGGAUCCCCAGCAUCAGAACUGGGAUCGGAACCGGGAUCAGAACCGGGAUCCAGGAGAUCACCGGGAUCAGCACCGGGAUCAGAACCAGGAUCAGCACCGGGAUCAGUACUGGGAUCAGAACCAGGAUCCAUGGGAUCGGAACCGGGAUCACUGUGAUCAACACCGGGAUCAGCACCGGGAUCAGCACUGGGAUCAGCACCGGGAUCCAUGGCAUCAGAACCGGGAUCACUGUGAUCAACACCAGGGUCAGCACCGGGAUUACCGGGAUCAGCACCGGGAUCAGCACCGGGAUCAGCACCAGGAUCCACAGCCGGAUCUGCAGGAUCACCGGGAUCACUGUGAUCAACACCGGGAUCAGGACUGGGAUCCCCGGGAUCAGCACCGGGAUCAGAACCAGGAUCCCUGGGAUCACCGGGAUCACUGUGAUCAGCACCGGGAUCAGCACCGGGAUCAGCACCGGGAUCAGCACCGGGAUCACUGGGAUCACCGGGAUCACCGGGAUCACUGUGAUCAGCACCGGGAUCACCGGGAUCACCAGGAUCACCGGGAUCAGCACCGGGAUCACCGGGAUCACCAGGAUCACCGGGAUCAGCACCGGGAUCUGCAGGAUCACCGGGAUCACUGUGAUCAACACCGGGAUCAGAACCAGGAUCAGCACCGGGAUCACCAGGAUCACCGGGAUCA